GCCGUUUGUAUCUCCCACCAACCGGAGGCAUCUCGUUGUGGAGCGUGACCGGAGGAGGUGGGAGCGGAGGACCCGCGCCUUCUCCUUGCUACUUGGGGUCGUGGCCUUGCUCCCGCCGUGCGAGGCAAGCGUCCGGGUACGUCCACGCGCGUGUGUGCGCGUGGAGCCUGAAGUGCUCCGGGGUCCGCGCUAGGGCUCUGCAGGGACAGAAGCAGCCAUGGGCGGGGCCUCCAGCACACGUCGGGUCACCUUCGAGGCGGACGAGAAUGAGAACAUCACCGUGGUGAAGGGCAUCCGGCUUUCGGAAAAUGUGAUUGAUCGUAUGAAGGAAACAUCUCCAUCAGGCUCGAAGUCUCACCGAUAUUCUGGUGCUUAUGGUGCCUCAGUUUCCGAUGAAGAACUGAAGAGAAGAGUAGCCGAGGAGCUGGCUCUGGAGCAAGCCAAGAAAGAGUCUGAAAACCAGAAACGACUAAAGCAAAGCAAAGAACUGGACCGAGAGAGGGCUCUUGCCAAUGAGCAGUUAACCAGAGCUAUUCUCCGCGAGAGGAUAUCGAGUGAGCAGGACCGCACGAAGGCAAAGCACCUGGCGAGGAUGCUGGAAGAGAAAGAUCGAGUGAUCAAGAGGCAGGAUGCAUUCUACAAAGAGCAGCUGGCUAGACUGGAGGAGAGGAGCUCAGAGUUCUACAAAGUCACCACUGAACAAUAUCAGAAAGCUGCUGAGGAGGUGGAAGCAAAGUUCAAGCGGUAUGAGGUUCACCCGGUCUGUGCGGAUCUGCAGGCCAAGAUUCUCCAGUGCUACCGCCAGAACACCCAGCAGACCCUCAGCUGCUCUGCGCUGGCCAGCCAGUACAUGCGCUGUGUCAAUCAGGCCAAACAGAGCAUGAUUGAGAAGGGAGGAUAAAAGCCACUUUCAGAACAAGCAAAACUCCGUCAACGUUGAUUCCAGAGGUGGUGGGACAUAUUUUUUCCUUGUAAGAAAGUAACCUGUUUAGAGAAAAGCCGAUGAAGAGAAGCACUGGGAGCAGAGUGAACAGAAGUGCAUCACAGUUAUUCAACAAGAACGGAAAGCCGAGGCCUAUCUAGAUCAGGAAUCAGCCGCAAAGGACACGCCACAGUGUUAGUAAUGCCGGCUGUGAUGACGAGUGGGCAACCCUUUCUACCUUUCGUACUUUCUGUCCAACUUUCUCUUCUGACCAAGCUCCAUCACUUGGUGAACCUCCACUCCGGCAAAGCUUGCGGGUGGGACCAGGGAUGAGGAGAUGGGAGUGGGGAGGAGAGGGCAGGAUACCUCCAUCCAGGCCCUCGGUGCUGGCGUAGUAUCCAGACUGUGCAUGUUGGGCUUCUGCUUCCUUUCUCCCUUGACUAUAAGAGCUGUUUCAUUUUAACUUAUGACGAUCAUGUAAAGAAGACAAAAAGGAGAGAAAAUGUCCCUCUUUUACUGGAAUAAUGUUUAUGAUUACAAGUGAAAUAAGGCAUUUUUUAUCAACAUAAAGGCAACCUUGGCUUAUACAACUGCUUCUCUAUCGUGAAUACUGACACCUGACUUCACUCACUAUCAAUAAUAAAUUUAUUUUCUGAUGAAGACUGGCAUUGCA